AUGGCAGCUGCUCGGACAGCCAAGCGGGUAGCGUCCAAGGACAGGCCAGCCUUGUUCAAGGUGAAAACGCGCACUGGAAUCGAAGCAAAGGGUCGACGGUCGUCUAGAUUGGCAUUACAGCAUGCAGGCCAGAGCGCGAGCGGCACGUCCCCCGUCAAGCAGUCUCAGAAGAGUGAUGGCAAGCCCCUCGACACCUCUUCUAGUCUCGCUGCUUCCUCAGAUCCCGCCAGCGUUUUCUCGCGUGCAGCUCAUGCUCAGUCUGAGAUGACCGCUCCAACGAGCAGUAUGUCGCCCGUCAAGCUCAGCAAGACUGCACAACCUGCUAAGCGACACAAUGCGACCGUACACGAGUCGCCUAGCAAGCAUGCCAACGCUAGGCACGCCCUCGCCGCGUCAUACGUCUUUCGCGGCAAGCCAACCCCGAUGGGUGAUGGCAGAGUCUUUCGCGCCCCGAGAUCACUUGAGAAGCUCAGUGUACCCUCUGCGAGCGCCAAGUCUCUCAAACGAAAUUAUUUGAAGUUGCCGUCGAGCGAGCCAGCACUCUAUGACUCUUCAGAGUCGAACUCUGUCGAACCCGAUUCCGAGCCGCCUGACGACACCAGCGACUAUGACGUUGGUUCUGGCUCGUCAGAAUCCAGCGCCGAGCUAGAAGAACCGAUGGAUGUCGUCAUAAAAGCUGAGCAAUCUCAGGCGCCGCCGGUCGACGUCACUCGAACGGUGCCUGGUCCAGAGCGACCGAUCGCCGGUGGGACAGCGUCAGGCUGGGAGACCAUCUGCGGACAUGACUCUCUCGCCGUCUCGUGGACUUCCCCUGAGCUGUCUACCGUCGUCGUUCCCACGCUCGACAAAGCGAGUGUGAUAGCAUUGGCGAAGCAGGAGCGUGUCUGUCUGCCAUGUGUUUACUUGCAGAUGCUGUUCGACCUCAUCAGUCUCAACGGCUUUCGCAAAAUGAAGCCCGUCCUGACUUGCCUGACUCCUCUGUUCGAGCUCGUCAAGACGCCAGCCGAUCUCACCGGAUUCCAAGCAACCGUCGACGCUGUUCGUCGCCUGUUCAAUGACGACGGCAUAUCUAAUCGUUCUUUCGACAACCUGGAAUCAGAGGCUACUGCUAAGCUCUGCGAGGUCUUGCGCCUAAACGCAGGUCAGAAUCAUUUGCCGCCCAUUCGAUCGCUACAGGCUUUGGCGCUGCAUAUCAUGGCCGCUGUCCGAACAAUGGAGAAUGGUCCUCAGGACGAUGCCCGACAGCCGGAAUCACUCGUGGUCAACGGCAUGUCGAGUCUGAUCGAGCUCGUCCGCAUGCUCGAAGACUCUCCCGCCGACUGCGCAGCAGGAACGGCGAAUGAUGAAGCCUGGCAGCAGACGGAAGACAUCCUUCUGCGAGAAGCCGUAACGCCCAAAUUGCUCGUCUACAUCGGUCUCGAGCGUCUUGUCGCGCUCGGUGUCAAGCUUGGCCAUGCUGCCCGUCUCUUGCUCUUCUGCCAGUCACAUCCAGAUCACAUUGCUUGA